AUGGGCGACAGCAGAGGUAAGAGAAUGCCACCGAUGUUUUCGAAUGAAGUUCGCUAGCUAUCAAGCCACGUUUACAUUUUGUCUUUAAGUUCCAGCUGCAGUGGUCAACUAUACUAGUUAGGUAGUGCAUUAACGAUGCUUUCUGACAAUAUUUGCAUUGGCUCAAUCAAGGCAUAACAAGUUACAAAGCUACCAAACUGAAUAGCUUAGUUAGCUAUAGCUACAAGGAUGCUCACAAACUACACAAAACCCAUAUCACCCCAAUUUUGUCUGAUUAAUCAGCAUCAAAUACACAAUUAUUGGUAUAUACCGCUAAAUUGUGUAAAUAUUCUUACAAGCCAGAAUGUUGAAUAAAAGUAUAUUUGAACUUACUCUACCGGUUGUCUGUGGUGUUGGUCCUUCAGAUGGUCGACAUUUGAUAGGAAAGUAUUGUUUACCCAACUCUUUAGAGUGCCGGUACUGAAUUUGACAUUUCUAUCACCUGGCACAUGCGCAAAACCAUGUAAACACCAGCUGACACAAGUACAUAAUUGGGACCGUGCUCCUACCUAUCCAGGAUGUCUACUCAAAACGGUGCCUGAGGAAGGCCAGCAGCAUCAAGGACCCCCAGCUCCAAGGUGUUCACUCCCCUACCGUCGGGCAGACAGUAUUGGAGCAUGUCUGAUAUAAACAGGCUCCAAGACAGUUUCAAGCCAUGAGACUACUGAACAGUUGAACAGGACUGACCACCUGCACUGACUCUCCGCACCUUAGCACACAUGCACACAGAUAUCCACUCAUACAUCACAACUGCUGCUACCAGACUUUUAUUAUGAUUACUGCACAAUUUAAACACUUGCCCCCCAAUCCUCCCUUGCCCUAAGCACUUGUAAAUAUUGGACUAUACAUUGUGCCUUCCUUUAUUAACUAUUCUACUGAGUCAUUUACUUUGGUUGUAUUCUUAUAUUUUAUUAUUUCAUAUUGUUGCAUUGUUGAGAAGAAACCUGCAAGUAAGCAUUUAGUUGGACCGUGUAUACCAUGUGUAUCCCGUACAUACAACUAAUCAAACUUGAAACUUGACUUCAGUUAGUAUGCAUGCAUUGCGUGCAUGUACUUCCAUCUUGUGCACAUGCCUUCGGUCAUGAGCCAACGUGUGCACGUGAUGCGUACAUACUAACUGAAGUCAUCAGGUAUUUACAUGGUUUUGCACGUGCCAGGUUCGACCAUCUGAAGGACCAACACCACGGACAACCGUUAGUGUUCAAAUGUAAUUUUAUUAAACAUUCUGGCUUGUAAGGAACAUUUACACAAUUUUGCAGUCAUUAGUUUCAGGCUGUGUAUACCAGUUGUUUAAUUACAGAUACCAAUUGUUUAAUUACUGAUUAAUCAGACUACUUGGCUUUAUUCAACCUCCAUUGUCUUCCUGUUCAAUACAGCAUCAAAUGUAAGAUUCUUGCUGCUCACCUUUUAAGGCCCUCAAAGGUGAUGCACCUAAAUACAUAUGCCAACUUAUAGAGAACUAUUCUCCAGCACGCACACUACGAUUGUCAGACUCUAACAGGCUGGUCACACCAGCUACAACCCUGUGCAGCAUGGGUUAACUACACAUGUCAAGGAGGCAGCUUCAAUUUCCUUGUUUAAAACACAACUAAAGUCCUACCUAUCCGAGCUAGCUUUUUAUGUUUGAUUGCUUAAUCUGCUUAAAGUCUUGUGUGUUUUGUAUUAGUAGGUAAUGGUUUGAUGUAUAUUGAAAACAAAAAGAAUCUUCAUUUUAAUGUAUUGUUGCUGAAUUUUGUUUUCUACCUUAGUGCCUUCAGAAAGUACCCCCCCCCCCCCCCCCCCCCCCCCUUUACUUUUUCCACAUUGUGUUACAGCCUGAAUUUAAAAUAUAUUACAUUUAGAUUUGUCGCUGAUCUACACACAGUACCCUAUAAUGUCAAAGUGUAAUUUUGUUUUUAGAAAUGUUUACAAAUUAAUAAAAAAUGAAAAGCUGAAAUGUCUUGAGUCAAGUAUUCAACCCUUUUAUUAUGGCAAGCCUAAAUAAGUUCAGGAGUAGAAAUGUGCUAAAUAAGUUGCAUGGACUCACUCUGUGUACAAUAAUAGUGUUUAACAUGAUUUUUAAAUGACUGCCCCAUUGCUGUACCCGACACAUACAGAUAAUUGUAAGGUCCCUCAGUCGAGCAGUGAAUUUCAAGCACAAAGACCAGGGAAGUUUUCCAAUGGUUUGCAAAGAAGGGCACCUAUUGGUAGAUGGGGUAAAAAAUGGAAGCAGACAUUUAUUAAUUACACUUUGGAUGGUGUGUCACUACAAAGAUACAGGCGCCCUUCCUAACUCUAGUUGCCAAAGAGGAAGAAAACUGCUCAGGAAUUUCACCAUGAGGCUAAUGGUGAUUUUAAAUCAGUUAGAGUUUAAUGGCUGUUAUAAGAGAACUGAGGAUGGAUCAACAACAUUGUAGUUACUCCACAAUACUAACAUAAAUGAGGAAGGCUGUACAGAAUAGAAAUAUUCAAAAACAUGCAUCCUGUUUGCAAUAUGGCACUAAAGUAAUACUGCAAAAAAAAUUGCUAAGAAAUUAACACUUUGUAUUCAGGACAGAAAGUUAUGUUUGGGGCAAAUCUAACACAUGACUGAGUACCACUCUUCAUAUUUUCAAGCAUGGUGGUAGCUGCAUCAUUUUAUGGGUAUUCUUGUCAUCGGCAAGGACUAGGGAGUUUUUUAGGAUAAAAAGACGGAAUAGAGCUAAGCACAGGCAAAAUCCUAGAGGAAAACCUGGUUCAGUCUGCUUUCCACCAGACACUUGGAGACAAAUUCAGCAGGACAAUUACCUAAAACACAAGGCCAAAUAUAGACUGGAGUUACUCACCAAGAUGACAUUGACUGUUCUUGAGUGGCCUAGUUACGGUUUUGACUUAAAUCUGCUUGGAAAUCUAUGGCAAGACUUGAAAAUGGCAGUCUAGCAAUGAUCAACAACCAACUUGACAGAACCUGAAUAUUUUGUUAAAGAAUUACGGGCAAAUAUUGUACAAUCCAUGUCUGCAAAGAUCUUAGACUUACCCAGACAGACUCACGGCUGUAAUAGCUGCCAAAGGGGAUUCUAACAUGUAUUGACUUGGGGUUGAGUACUUAUCUAAUCAAGAUAUAUUCUGUUUUUUUUCCCAUUAUAAAAAAAAAAAGUGAAUUGUUCUUCAACUUUGACAUUAGUAUUUUGUGUAGAUUGUUGACAGUUUAAAUGCAUUUUAAUCCCACUUUGUAACACAACAAUGUGGAAAAUGUCAAGGGGUGUGCAUACUAGCUAGGUUUCCAAGUAUUCUAAAAUCUGCAUCAAACAAAAUGCACAUUUUACCCACCAGAGAUGUUUCCAUCAAAAUUCGUUUGUGUGGCUAAAAGGCUGUGCGUGAUGACGUAGUGCACAUAAAAAUCACUUUUGCCGUCAAAUUCCCAUGUACAAGUUUUAAAAAAAUACAAGUGGUUUCCAUCGCAUUUUCAACUCCUACUGAUGGUUUUGUCACAAAAACCGUUAUAUAGCAAAUGUGUCCACUCUGGUCUUGGUACAUGUGCUCUAGCCAACAGCACGCAUAUACAGUACAGGUAGGCUACCUACAUUAUGAGAUUAUUAUGGAUAAGAGCGACAUUAUUUGUAUACAUAUCAAACGGCAGCCAAGCAUCGAUCAUCAUGUCAUCAGAAUAAGACCCUCGAUAUUUAUUGGAAAGGAGCAUCAAGCUCAUCAUCACCUUGCACAUUCACCACCCUGUGAACUUAUUUCAUCUGUAGCCUAAUAAACUGCAUGCUUUCCCGAUUCGUAGUGGGAGGACCACACAGCAUAUCAUCGCAUGACUUCGAUAUGAUGGUUAUGAUAUCAAUAUUUUCACAUUUAGGCAUUUCCACCGCAAAUGCUUGGAUGGAAACGUGGUUGCUGUUAUUAAUUAUUGCUUAUACAGAAUUAUUCCAAUUGAUAUAUAAGGCCUAGUGUCAUUUCAGCUGAACCUAGGGUAUGGCAAAGUGACAUGUAUUUCUACACUUUAAAAACUCCAAAUGGCCAAAAAAUAAAAUUAUAAAUUGACUCCAGCCAUUAUCACCUUGGCUGCUGUAACUUUAUUCACCUCAGUCGAUAGGGAACUUAACAUUCUACAAACACACGUCAUUAAGCAAAUAGCACCGGGUUAAAAAAGCAGCCUUCCCACCCUGCUCUGAGCCAUCCGCAUGGUCCUAAAGCCAGUCCACUGGUACCGCUACACCGGUGGUCACCAACCUUUUCUGAGUCAAGAUCACUUUCGCAGUCAAAAAGCAAGCCAAGAUCUACCGCUCAGAUUUUUUUUUUAACAUGACUUUUUUCCUGAGUUCCCAGUUGUCUUGAACGCACUGAUGUCGGGUUGCCAGUUGUUUUGAACACGGCAUUAGUCUCAGCAGAGGGAGGGAGAGAGCAGCAGAGGGUCCGCCUCUCACGGUCCCUGCUCUCUCCUUCCUUUCCUCCGGUGAGACUGACCAGAGAGAGGGGAUAUCUUCUUCCACCUGAUGGCUAAACUUGAGUCGCACCUCAUCUGCCUCAUGCACAAAUGUAUGUUGUUCCUAUGACCAGAGAUAGUGAAAUAUUCAUCAAUAUUAAAAUAGACACAAGGAGCCGCUAAUAAGAAUAAAAAUGCAGGGCUAUCGAUACACUUGGCUACUCAUAGUAGGGAGAAGCAUGUUUUGUUAUAUUGUUAAAUAAAAACAGUGUUGACAGUGCUGAAUAAACUUAGACAUGAACUCACUCAUAAAAACAGCAGCUCUUUGCUGUAUUCUUUGACAGUCUCUCUCUGGUCAUGGUUUUAAAGUUAUGAAAUCUCACAUAGGCUAGUAUCAAACUUUGCUGUGGCCGGGGUCGUGGAAGCCAUACGCGGCGUUGUAAGCUUUCCGAUUGGCCAGCGCAGUAGGCAUACGCGGUUUAGCCACAGAUCUCCCGGUCUGCCGGGUAGGCGGAGUUUGUUUUUCAGACAAAUGAAAUGGGAAAAAAAUGGGAAAACUUUGCCUACCCGGUGUGCAGGGCUUCUGAAUCAAGUGCACCACCGCCAACACCCCAACACGAAUAUACAAAUAAAAGGAGCGCAAGCCUUUAUUUUGGUAUUUUCUACAGAAAGUUUUGGUGAUCGACUAGAAAUGUCUUGAAGAUCUACCAGUUGGUGACCACUUCGCUACACUGUAUUUGCCUUUUAAUCGGGAUUGGAAGUAUUUUGGUGGCCUAUUUUAAAUUGUUGGUGUUGAGCUAGGGUAUGGCGACUAACUUAAUUGUAGCGAGGGAAACUCAAUAAUUAUAUUUUCUUAAACUUGAGUUGUAUGUAGGGUAUCAUUACUCUCUGCCAUGUAAUCCCUGUCAUGUUCACCAGAUACCCGCAGCCCAGACAGCUCCUCUGUGUCCUCCCCUCCCUCGGGCCAGCGCUCACCCCUCCUGACCCCCACAGCUGCCGCCAUGACGUCUCUGCCGCCCAUCACCUCGGCCGUCAACAGCCCCAUCAGCAGCAUGGGCUCGCCCUUCUCCGUCAUCAGCUCCUCUUUGGGGUCGCCCUGCCUGCCCGGGACACCCUCUGUGGGCUACGGCCCCAUUAGCAGCCCCCAGGUGAGCCCUGAGUUCCAGACAGGUAGCUAACACUUCUAUUCUACCACUCCUCUCCUUCUGCCUUAUCUUUCAUCCAUCACCUCUCAGGGCCAUUCAGAGAUGGGAAGUUGGCGUCAUGGGUCAAUAAAUGCUGCUUUACAGUAGUGGCCUGUGAGAACCAAGUGUGACUUUAUAGGCUGCAGUCAACAUAAUAAUAAUAAUAUGCUAUUUAGCAGACGCUUUUAUCCAAAGCGACUUACAGUCAUGCGUGCAUACGUUUUUUUUUUUUUGUGUAUGGGUGGUCCCGGGGAUUGAACCCACUACCUUGGCGUUACAAGCGCCGUGCUCUACCAGCCUCUCUUGGUGAUUGGUUGAGAAGAAUAUCACUUGUUGAGUGCACUUUUAUGGUAAAUAAAGAAUAGGUCCUUGGCUGCUAUUUUAUGGCCCCCAAAAUGUGCAAUAUACUGUGAUUUAUGUUGUAGGUAAUAGUGAUGGGGGUAAAUUCGAUACAGUUACAUAUCGGGAUAUUAUUUUGGACUAUAUAUUGUAUCGUUUUGGCAAUAUCGCAAUAAUAUGUGUGUGCUAGUUGGCUAUACCUGCACCAAAACUUCAGUAUUUUUCCUUCAUAACUUGUUCUCCAUAUUAUUUUUAAAUAGGGCGCUAAUUUUUGUUUUCAGCACUUUUAUUUCCAUGACUGAUGACAACUCGAAUUAUCAUGGCUCUGUCUUGUCCCUCUGCAGCAGACAUACAGUGCCUUCGGAAAGUAUUCAGACCCCUUUACUUUUUCCACAUUUUGUUACUUUACAGCCUUAUUCUAAAUAUAAUAAUCCUCAGCAUUCUACACACACUACCCCAUAAUGACAAAGCGAAAACAAAAAACAAAGCAGAAAUACCUUAUUUAUGGUGGAGUGGCCAGACGGAAGCCACUCCUCAGUAAAAGGCACAUGACAGCCCGCUUGGAGUUUGCCAAAAGGCACCUAAAGACUCUCAGACCAUGAGAAACAACAUUCUCUGGUCUGAUGAAACCAAGAUUGAACUCUUUGGCCUGAAUCCCAAGCGUCACAUCUGGAUGAAACCUGGCACCAUCCCUAUAGUGAAGCAUGGUGGUGGCAGCAUCAUGCUGUGGGGAUGUUUUUCAGCGGCAGGGACUGGGAGACUAGUCAGGAUCGAGGCAAAGAUGAACGGAGCAAAGUACAGAGAGAUCCUUAAUGAAAACCUAAUCCAGAGUGCUCAGGACCUCACACUGGGGCGAAGGUUCACCUUCCAACAGGACAACGACCCUAAGCACACAGCCAAGAGAACGCAGGAGUGGCUUCGGGACAAGUCUCUGAAUGUCCUUGAGUGGCCCAGCCAGAUCCCGGACUUGAACCCGAUCGAACAUCUCUGGAGAGACCUGAAAAUAGCUGUGCAGCAACGCUGUCCAUCCAACAUGACAGAGCUUGAGAGGAUCUGCAGAGAAGAAUGGGAGAAACUCCCCAAAUACAGAUGAGCCAAGCUUGUAAUGUCAUACCCAAGAGCACUCUGCUGUAAUCGCUGCCAAAGGUGCUACAACAAAGUACUGAGUAAAGGGUCUGAAUACAUAUGUAAAUGUGAUAUAUAUUUUUAUUCUACAAACCAGUUUUUGCUUUGUCAUCAUGGGGUAUUUUGUGUAGAUUGAUGAAGGCAAAAAAACGAUUUAAUCAAUUUUAGAAUAAGGCUGUAACGUAACAAAAUGUGGAAAAAAUCAAGGGGUCUGAAUACUUUCCGAAGGCACUGUAAGGUGAGCAAUGUGUUUGGAACAGAAUCGCAAUACAUAUCGUAUCGACAGCUUAGUGUUGUGAUAAUAUCGUAUCGUGAGGUCCCUGGCAAUUCCCAGCCCUGUAGGUCAAGUGAAAUUGCGGAGAACUACCAAAGGAAAACGUGAAACAAUACAUAUCUACACUGAACAAAAAUAUAAACGCAACAUGCAACAAUUUCAAUCAGUCAAUUGAAAUAAAUUAAUUAGGCCCUAAUCUAUGGAUUUCACAUGACUGGGAAUACAGAUAUGCGUCUGUUGGUCACAGAUACCUUUAAAAUAGGUAGGGGGCUGGAUCAGAAAACCAGUCAGUAUCUGGUGUGACCACCAUUUGCCUCAUGCAGCGCGACAUCUCCUUUGCAUAGAGUUAACUGAUCAGGCUGUUUGUGGCCUGUGGAAUGUCCCACUCCUUCAAUGGCUUUGCGAAGUUGCGGGAUAUUGGUGGGAACUGGAACACGCUGUCGUACAUGUCAAUCCAAAGCUUCCCAAACAUGCUCAAUGGGUCUGGUGAGUAUGCAGGCAAUGGAAAAACUGGGACAUUUUCAGCUUCCAGGAAUUGUGUAUAGAUCCUUGCGACAUGGGGCAGUGUAUUAUCAUGCAUGAGGUGAUGGCGGCGGAUGAAUGGCACGACAAUGGGCCUCAGGAUCUUGUCAAGUUAUCGCUGUGCAUUCAAAUUGCCAUAGAUAAAAUGCAAUUGUGUUCGUUGUCCGUAGCUUAUGCCUGCCCAUACCAUAACCCCACCGCUACCAUGGGGCACUCUGUUCACAACAUUGAAAUCAGCAAACCGCUCGCCCACACGACGCCAUCUGCCUUGUUGAAACCGGGAUUAAAUCGUGAAGAGCACAUUUCUCCAGCUUGCUAGUGGCCAUCGAAGGUGAGCAUUUUAUUGUCCCCAGCACAAGGUGCACCUGUGUAAUGAUCAUGCUGUUUAAUCAGCUUCUUGAUAUGCCACACCUGUCAGAUGGAUGGAUUAUGUUGGCAAAGGAGAAAUGCUCACUAACAGGGAUGUGUACAAAUUUGUGCACAACAUUUUAGAGAAGUACGUUUUUUGUGCGUAUGGAGAAUUUAUGGAAUCCAUUAUUUCAGCUCAUGCAACAUGGGACCAACACUUUACAUGUUGCGUUUUAUAUUUUUGUUCAGUAUAGAUAUUGUAAUUCUUAAAAGUCCAGGUAACAAUUCUAUUUUUGUCUGCAAAAUCAACCAUGAAACAGCAUUAUUUGGGUACUUUGCCCUGCUCUUAGUUAGUAUGGUAGAAGUAGGCUAUUUGUCUCUCGGUCGUACACUUUGAACGCGUUCUGACUUUUAAAACCUCACAAAAUAUUAAAUGAAUUCGGUAGUGAAUCAAUUAUUACAUUUUAGAUCAAGGGUGCCAGUGGAUGAAUCAUUGGUUGCCCUCAAAACCACAUCAAAAGGUCAAACUCUCCCUAUCCUCCUUUGUAUGACUAGAAAAUAGGGAACAUAUUCUGCAAUAUUUCCAUGAAAGAUAUACAUAAAAAAAACAUAAAUUCACAUGCACAAAGUACAGUAUUUGAUACACUGCUGAUUUUGCAGGUUUUCCUACUUACAAAGCAUGUAGAGGUCUGUAAUUUUUAUCAUAGGUACACUUCAACUGUGAGAGACGGAAUCUAAAACAAAAAUCCAGAAGAUCACAUUGUAUGAUUUUUAAGUAAUUAAUUGCAUGACGUAAGUAUUUGAUCACCUACCAACCAGUAAGAAUUCCGGCUCUCACAGACCUGUUCGUUUUUACCUGUAUUAACUGCACCUGUUUGAACUCGUUACCUGUAUAAAAUACACCUGUCCACACACUCAAUCAAACAGACUCCAACCUCUCCACAAUGGCCAAGACCAGAGAGCUGUGUAAGGACAUCAGGGAUAAAAUUAUAGACCUGCACAAGGCUGGAAUGGGCUACAGGACAAUAGGCAAGCAGCUUGGUGAGAAGGCAACAACUGUUGGCGCAAUUAUUAGAAAAUGGAAGAAGUUCAAGAUGAUGGUCAAUCACCCUCGGUCUGGGGCUCCAUGCAAGAUCUCACCUCGUGGGGCAUCAAUGAUCAUGAGGAAGGUGAGGGAUCAGCCCAGAACUACACGGCAGGACCUGGUCAAUGACCUGAAGAGAGCUGGGACCACAGUCUCAAAGAGAACCAUUAGUAACACACUACGCCGUCAUGGAUUAAAAUCCUGCAGCGCACGCAAGGUCGACCCUGCUCAAGCCAGCGCAUGUCCAGGCCCGUCUGAAGUUUGCCAAUGACCAUCUGGAUGAUCCAGAGGAGGAAUGGGAGAAGGUCAUGUGGUCUGAUGAGACAAAAAUUGAGCUUUUUGGUCUAAACUCCACUCGCCGUGUUUGGAGGAAGAAGAAGGAUGAGUACAACCCCAAGAACACCAUCCCAACCGUGAAGCAUGGAGGUGGAAACAUCAUUCUUUGGGGAUGCUUUUCUGCAAAGGAGACAGGACGACGGCACCGUAUUGAGGGGAGGAUGGAUGGGGCCAUGUAUCGCGAGAUCUUGGCCAACAACCUCCUUCCCUCAGUAAGAGCAUUGAAGAUGGGUCGUGGCUGGGUCUUCCAGCAUGACAACGACCCGAAACACACAGCCAGGGCAACUAAGGAGUGGCUCCGUAAGAAGCAUCUCAUGGUCCUGGAGUGGCCUAGCCAGUCUCCAGACCUGAACCCAAUAGAAAAUCUUUGGAGGGAGCUGAAAGUCCGUAUUGCCCAGCGACAGCCCCGAAACCUGAAGGAUCUGGAGAAGGUCUGUAUGGAGGAGUGGGCCAAAAUCCCUGCUGCAGUGUGUGCAAACCUGGUCAAGACCUACAGGAAACGUAUGAUCUCUGUAAUUGCAAACAAAGGUUUCUGUACCAAAUAUUAAGUUGUGCUUUUCUGAUGUAUCAAAUACUUAUGUCAUGCAAUAAAAUGCAAAUUAAUUACUUAAAAAUCAUACAAUGUGAUUUUCUGGAUUUUUGUUUUAGAUUCCGUCUCUCACAGUUGAAGUGUACCUAUGAUAACAAUUACAGACCUCUACAUGCUUUAAGUAGGAAAACCUGCAAAAUCGGCAGUGUAUCAAAUACUUGUUCUCCCCACUGUAUGUGCAUCUGCAAACAUUAUGUCGAUUUUUUUUGUUUUAAUCUAGGCACAAAAUGAUUUGUCCAAGGGGCUCGCAGUGGCAGCAUAGUAGUGAAUAUCCAAACAAAUACCCAUACUGUCCAUUCUUGAGUGCCCCUCUCUUUCUCUCCUGAGUGCCCCUCUCUUUCUCUCCUGAGUGCCCCUCUCUUUCUUUCCUUAGUGCCCCUCUCUUUCUUUCCUGAGUGCCCCUCUCUUUCUUCCCUGAGUGCCCCUCUCUUUCUUCCCUGAGUGCCCCUCUCUUUCUUCCCUGAGUGCCCCUCUCUUUCUUCCCUGAGUGCCCCUCUCUUUCUUCCCUGAGUGCCCCUCUCUUUCUUCCCUGAGUGCCCCUCUCUUUCUUCCCUGAGUGCCCCUCUCUUUCUUCCCUGAGUGCCCCUCUCUUUCUUCCCUGAGUGCCCCUCUCUUUCUUCCCUGAGUGCCCCUCUCUUUCUUCCCUGAGUGCCUCUCUCUUUCUUCCCUGAGUGCCCCUCUUUCUUCCCUGAGUGCCCCUCUCUUUCUUCCCUGAGUGCCCCUCUCUUUCUUUCUUUCCUCCCCUGCCCUUUACUUUAUCCCUUUCUCUCUGCUUCACAGAUCAAUAUGUAUACCAGGAGUGCAGAAGUGAGACUUUUUUUAUUCCCUCUAUCCCCUCUCAUGUCAGAUGGUCCUUCUCAGUGUUAUUUCUCCUCCUCUCCCUCCCUUGCUUUUUCUCUUUCUCCUCCCCCAUUUCACUUUUUGCCUCUGAUUCUCCUCAAACGUCCUCAUAAAUUAAUCAGGCAAUGAGGAUGCCCUGAGACUUAACCUGCUUAAGCUGGUGAUGUUGAGAAGUGCUCUGUAAUCUCUCUUGCAUUGAGGGCGAGGGAGGCAGGGUCCAGAUGCUCCUUUCUUUCUCCGCCGAUGAUGCCUCGGUGUGCGAACGGGAAAUUGAAUGUCGCUUUAAUACUGAUCAAUCAGCCCACUCAAAAAGAUAACUGGCAAUAUGUAUGUGAUUGUUAAAUGCAUGAAAGUAAUGAUGCUUUUUUAUGUGUCUUAUUUUAUGACAACUCUGCAUCAUACCUCCUUCAAUUCAAUAUUUCCCCUCUCACUUCUGUCCCUAUCCUCCCCCUUUCUCUCGGCCUCCAGAUCAACUCCACAGUGUCCAUGUCGGGACUGCACGCGGUCAGCAGCUCGGACGACGUGAAGCCUCCGUUCGGGCUGGGGGGCCACAGCCCAGGGGGCCCCAUGCUCUCCCAAAAGCGCCUGUGUGCUAUCUGCGGCGACCGCUCCUCCGGUGAGUCCCAAAUUGGCCCCUAGACCCUAUGCACUUGUGGGGAUCGGAGAGAAAUUGAAUGGUGUAAGCAAUAUGGCGAAAAUCCCACCCAGCCUGUAAGAAGACAAGUUGAUCUAUUUUACUCUUCAAUCUAUAGGACAGGCUAGGGUGGGAUUUUGAUUUGGGAUUUAGGGUCUGUGUCAGAGAGAGACGCACUAGUGGUGCGAUAUGGUUUGUUUAUUAAAGGAUUGUUCUGCACAUAAUUUGACAGGCGUUGAAUGAAAUGUAGUUAGGUGGUGUCGAUUUUUCCCAUGAAUUUGGGAUUGACACCGUCAGAUUUCUGCUGUUCAUAGUGGGAUCUACACAACAGAUGGCAUUGGCUACAUGGACUUAUACCACUUGAGGUAUGGAAACAUCAGAUAACCCUUGGUUUUGGGGUGAACUACUCCUUAACUCUCCAUAGAAUGUUUUUAAAAAGCUGCAUAAAAUAAAGAUCUCUACCUUAUCUGUGCGAAGCAUUUACGUAGUUUAUUUACUAGUUCAGUUUCUACGAAAACGGACCGAAACACUUCAUGUACUUUCAUUACCAUCACACCUGAAGAAUAUGCGCUAUCGACUUUGUGCCUGAAUUAUUAAAAGUGCUUUAUUACUAAUGUUACCUUCCCUCCUUUUGCUAUCCCCCUCUUCCCUCUCUAUUUCUGUCUGUCUUUUUACAUGCCUCUUUCUUUUCAUUCUCUCUUCCUCUUUCUUUCUCUCUUGCUCUCUCUGUCUCUAUAGGUAAGCACUAUGGAGUGUACAGCUGCGAGGGCUGCAAGGGUUUCUUCAAGCGCACGGUGCGCAAGGACCUGAGCUACACCUGCCGGGACAACAAGGACUGCCUGGUGGACAAGCGCCAGCGCAACCGCUGCCAGUACUGCCGCUACCAGAAGUGCCUGGCCUGUGGCAUGAAGAGGGAAGGUAAGGGGGAGCCUAGCAGUCUGCUGUCCUCAACUCGCAUUCAAUAUAUCUUAUUAAAGGGUAACACUAUCACCAGGUAGGGUAAGUCUUGAAAUGGAGGGAGAGACGGAGAGGGAUGCAAUGGGAGAUAUGAAGAGCGAGCCUGAGCAAGGGAGAGGAGAGGCUGAUGAAAGACAGAAAGAGUGAGGGAGAGCUAGGAUCCCUAUUGAAAUUGGGUCUGAUUUGGUACAUGAAGAACAGUAAGAAACUACAAUGAAGAGGGAUGGGGCACCUUGUGUGUGGGCAGGUGUACCCUAACCCGAAGACCCCCCACUCACCAACCGUCCUGCUGAAAAAACAUUUACAUUGUUGACAAAAAGGUUGUAUAGCCUAUUUGCUAUGAAACUAUUUCCAAUAUCUGUUUUAAAUCCACAUAAAUCAUUUAUGUAUAAUAAAGAUGUCUAAGAGCAUUUCAGAUUUUCUUUGACUAUUGUAAUAUACAUUUCUAAGGGGAGAGUGUUGAUUGUACUCAAAGGGGAUGGAAAGAGCGAGAAAAAGAGGUGGAGAGAGGGGGAUGGAGAGCCUUGUAAACACUAACCCCUGUCCCCCUCUCUCCCCUCUUGUUUCCUCUCGCUUUCUCUCUCCCUUCUUCUGUAGUGGUCCAAGAUGAACGACAGAGAUGUAAGGAGAAAGGAGGGAGGGAGGGAUGGAGGGGGGUGUGUGAAAGAGAUGGAGAGAAUGGCAUUUCAUUUGGUGGGGGGGAGUAGUGCAGAGUACCUGUUAUGUAGUUUUGUCAAUGUUCAGAAAUGAACCAUACCACACAGAAGACAAUGCUCUCUUGCCUACGAGACUUUGAAUCAAUCUUUCUUUAAAAAAAAUUGCAAAUGUUUCUAAAUGUGUAUUUGGUCGAGGAAAAACAACAAUAUUUUAUGUUGUUUUGUUGUGAUGGUCCAUUUCUGUGUGAGGUAUGUUGCAGAAUGUAUUGGUAUGAAACAGGGGUCUGAACUCAAAUUACCAGGCGCAACGUAAGUCUUACGGCCCUGCUACACUAUAGCCAUCGGGCAUCCGGCAUUGCCGUCAGCCGUUGAGGAAAUGGUUCCUUUGAAAUCAAUGAAAGCUGUUUCACUGCCCGUGUUGCACUUGCGUUGCAUCACGUCCAAUGUCAGCGUCCAAGCUCAAGAAUCGCAGAGGUUCAAUUCUUGACGCGCGCGUUCAUUCUAUCUUGUGGGUUGGAAUAAUGAGAAAUAAAGUUGAUUUUGGUUGCAUAUGGCCUCGACUAUACACCGCUGGUUAUUGUACUAAGAUUUAUGAAGUCAAGAAGCUAAUAGCUAAUAGCUAGCUAGCUACGUUGACUAGCUAGGUUCACAAGUUAAACAAAAGCAACUUGUGUAAUUACACAAUCAUUUAGUACAAUCACUAACAACAAUGUACUUGCGAAAAACUGAACCGAAGUUAUUGUACUUACGCAUAAUGGAUAAAUAUGGUAGGGGACAAUAGAAUAAAGGCAAUCUUCCCCUCUGCUCCUCUCAAAACAACACGCUCUGUGUAGCAGGUAGAACAUCACAUUGACACUGAUGGCAAAGCAACGCAAAGCUUAUAGUGGAGCUGAAGUGUUACUGUUCUCAGUAUUGCUGACAUUGUGCAAAAGCAUAUUGCCAUCAUAUAUUACUGUGGUGUCAGGGGCUGAUUAACAUAUUUCCCUGCAUUCUCUGAUAGUGGUGCACCGAUGACUGGUAUUGUUGUGCCAGUUUAUGUGGUCUGGGGUGACUCCAAAGAGAUAUAACCUGUCAUGUGCCGUAGGAAUAAACCUUAUUGUGGGUUGAUUUUAAUAGGAAUAUCCUCUUGAGGGCUGAUGGGAAUCAGGUAUCAGUCUUGGGGCCACAACAAUGCAGCUUGCGUGCCUGAUGUGGCCCCCAGGCCUUAAGUUUGAUGUGAAAGGUAAAGAAAGCAUUGUUGUUUGAACUAACCGGGAAAUGUACAUAUCUGUGUAUCUCUCUCUCUUUCACUACCUGUCUCAUUCUUUACUCUCUGCUUUACUUUCUUACAUUCCUCUCUUUCUCAACUUUUUUCUUGGCCUCCCUUUUUUAUUUCCUCUCCCUUAUCUCUCACCUUUCUCUUUUUUUCUUGACUUUGCUUCCCUCUUUCUCUCUCUCUCCAUCACUCUGCCUUUUCCUGCCCUUUCUUUCUCUUUUCACCCUCCAUCCUACUCCCUCCCUGCUGCUCCCUUUCUUUCCCCUCUCACCCUCCCUCCCCUCCUGUGCCUCUCUCCUUCUCGCUCCCCCGACUCUCUCUUCCCCUCCUUCCCCCUCUCCUUCCCUCUGCCCUUCCUGUGCCCCUGUAGCCGUGCAAGAAGAGCGCCAGAGGAACAAGGAGCGGGAGAGUGAGGUGGAGUCGACCAGCGCCGUCAACGAGGAGAUGCCGGUGGAAAAGAUCCUGGAGGCCGAGAUGGCCAUAGAGCAGAAGACAGAGCUGCAUGCCGACGGGAGCGCCGAGGGCAGCUCGGUAAAUGUGUGUGUGUUUCUGUGUGUGACCCACCAUCUGGCCCUGCGAUGCACACAUACCAAUUUCUCUUACUCUGUUCCUCACACUGUCUAUUAUAAUUUCUAGACAUUUGAUUGUGCGACUGCGCCAACAGUUUAUUGUUAUACAAUAUAUUCUGAGACCACAGACCCACUUUAAAAAAAAAAUUUGAUCUAAAGGCCUCUAGUCUCUCUUUUGUGCCCUAGGUUGAAUCUAGCCUCUCUCCCUCUGUUUCUCUCUCCAGCCCAACGACCCGGUCACCAACAUUUGCCAGGCUGCAGACAAGCAGCUGUUUACCCUGGUGGAGUGGGCCAAGAGGGUCCCCCACUUCUCUGAGCUGACCCUAGACGACCAGGUCAUCCUGCUACGCGCCGGUACGCUCAAAAAGCCUUCGCCUUUCAUGUUCAUUGGCACCAAAUGGAAGAAAGCAAACUGAAACAGGGAGGGACUACCUGGACAUAUCCGUUUAAUGAACACGGCCCUGCUCAGCUUUGACCUAAUUAAAUACCAGCCGUACACAGCCCUACAUGGAUAGGCUGAUCACCCUGUCUCUCUCCUCGUGGCCUAUCUUUUAUAAUACAGUAGCCUCACAUUUUGAGCAGAUAUAAUGCUAUUUUACAGUAAACAAAUUGACAACAUACUUUCAGCACGCUUAUAGGGAAGGACAUUCAACAUGCACGGCACUUACACAAAUGACUGAUGAUUGGCUAAGAGAAAUUGAUGAUGAAAAGAUUGUGGGAGCUUUUCUGUUAGACUUUAGUGCUUCUUUUGACAUUAUUGAUCACAUUAUUGAUCUGCUGCUGGAAAAACAUGUGUUAUGGCUUUACAACCCCUGCUAUAUUGUGGCUAAAUAGUUACCUGUCUAACAGAACACAAAGGGUGUUCUUUAAUGGAAGCUUCUCCAACAUAAUCCAGGCAGAAUCAGGAAUUUCCCAUGGCAGCUGUCUAGGCCUUUACUUUUUUCAAUCUUUAUUAAUGACAUGCCACUGGCCUUGAGUAAAGCCAGUGUCUAUGAAUGCGGAUGACUCAACACUUUACACGUCAGCUACUACAGCGAGUGACAUUUCUGCAACACUUAACAAAGAGCUGCAGUCAGUUUCAGAAUGGGUGGCAAGAAAUAAGUCAGUCCUAAAUAUUUCAAAAACUAAAGGCAUUGUAUUUGGGACAAAGCACUCACUAAAUCCUAAAUCUUGUAAUGAAUAAUGUGGAAAUUGAGAAAGUUGAGGUGACUAAACUGCUUGGAGUAAAUCUGGAUUGUAAACUGUCAUGGUCAAAACAUGUUGAUGCAACAGUAGCUAAGAUGGGGAGGUCUGUCCAUAAUAAAGUGCUGCUCUGCCUUCUUAACAACACUAUAUACAAGGCAGGUCCUCAGAGUUGUCACAUGACUGAUGACUUGAGACUCGACUUGAUAGAAAAUUAAAUUACUCGGGACUUGACUUUGACUUGAGACUGACUUGAUAUUAUCUGGCCAGGUUUUGUAAUGUUCUGUCACUUAUUUUGUGGCACGGACUCUCCGUGGAUUACUCACAUAGCCAGAGACAGUAGCCGCAGCAUCGCCUUUGUAAAAAAAACUACAAAAACAUGUAAAUUGCAACAGAUUGGUUAGUGAAACGCUCACUCUGCACUCUGAUUGCACCAGCAAACUGUCAAUCAACACAGGUCGGAUGAGCUGGCGAACAGAUUGCUGAUUUGCUGUACAGCUAUAGGAUCGGUGCAGCGCAAACGUCAAAUUAUAGGGAGAGAGGAUUGCCAUAAUAAAUAAAUAUGCAACUCCCCCCAAAAAUAGCGAUCAAUAAUAUGAACUGUUUACUUUGCAAGCUCACCAGCAAUGGGGCAACUAGCAUAGGCCUACUGGUCUUUUAGUAUGUAGGCCUAACAAUUUCUUGAACUUGAUCAUUUACAUAUGAAGCGUGCAUUUGGAAUUAGUUGUUAAAAUGAAUUAUUACUGUGGUGAAGACUCUCUUCACUUGCGCAGAGUGCUUUUUUUCUCUUGUUGAAAUGUUUCCUGUUGCUUACACACAUUUAAAUGCGUAGGCCCUAUGUGGUAAAUGUACAGUGCCUUCGGAAAGAAUUCAGACCCCUUGACUUUUUCCACAUUUUGUUACGUUACAGCAUUAUUCUAAAAUUUAUUAAAUUGUUUUUUUCCCUCAUCAAUCUACACACAAUACCGCAUAAUGUCAAAGCAAAAACAGGUUUUUAGAAAUGUUAGCUAAUUUAUAUAUUUUUUAAAAUCACAUUUACAUAAGUAUUCAGACCCUUUACUCAGUACUUUGUUGAAGCACCUUUGGCAGCGAUUACAGCAUUGAGUGUUAUUGGGUAUGACACUACAAGCUUGGCACACCUGUAUUUGGGGUGUUUCUCCCAUUCUUCUCUGCAGAUCCUCUCAAGCUCUGUCAGGUUGGAUGUGGAGCGUUGCUGCGCAGCUAUUUUCACGUCUCUCCAGAGAUGUUCGAUCGGGUUCAAGUCAGGCUCUGGCUGGGCCACUCAAGGACAUUCAGAGACUUGUCCCGAAGCCACUCCUGCGUUGUCUUGGCUGUGUGCUUAAGGUCGUUGUUCUGUUGGAAGGUGAACCUUGGCCCCAGUCUGAGGUCCUGAGCGCUCUGGAGCAGGUUUUCAUCAAGGAUUUCUCUGUACUUUGCUCUGUUCAUCUUUCCCUCGAUCCUGACUAGUCUCCCAGUCCCUACCGCUGAAAAACUUCCCCACAGCAUGAUGCUGCCACCACCAUGCUUCACCGUAGGGAAGGUGCCAGGUUUCCUCCAGACGUGACGCUUGGGAUUCAGGCAAAAAGAGUUCAAUCUUGGUUUCAUCAGACCAGAGAAUCUUGUUUCUCAUGGCUGUACAGUCUUGCCCUCUACCUGUGUCUGUUCAGAAUGGGCAGGUAUAUUUGUAUAUGUUGUAUGAUAUGGCGCUUUAACCAUUAGAUCACCAAGACCUGUAAAUAUAUCUACACUCUCUGAGCAUGUCAACAUGCCUUGCCUUCUGCUGAUUUCAUGCCCUUAUGACUGCUACAAGGUCCCUAUUUUACAAUUACAUAGGCUAAUCAAAAUGUGUUGUAGACAAAAUAAUGAAGAGGGCUGUCUGUCGUAUGUGUAGAUAUUUUUUUACUUGACUUGAGACUUGACUAGAAAACUUGUGACUCGACAUGACUUGCUCAUAGAAUGCACGACUUGUCUUGACCUGUUGUCACGUUGUAUAAUGAUUUGAAGACAGGCGCAGGAAUACAUAUUAGAAGUUUUAUUUACUCCACCCAACACAAACACAUAUAUAUAUACAGUGGGGAAAAAUAGUAUUUAGUCAGCCACCAAUUGUGCAAGUUCUCCCACUUAAAAAGAUGAGAGAGGCCUGUAAUUUUCAUCAUAGGUACACGUCAACUAUGACAGACAAAAUGAGAAGAAAAAAAUCCAGAAAAUCACAUUGUAGGAUUUUUUAUGAAUUUAUUUGUAAAUUAUGGUGGAAAAUAAGUAUUUGGUCACCUACAAACAAGCAAGAUUUCUGGCUCUCACAGACCUGUAACUUCUUCUUUAAGAGGCUCCUCUGUCCUCCACUCGUUACCUGUAUUAAUGGCACAUGUUUGAACUUGUUAUCAGUAUAAAAGACACCUGUCCACAACCUCAAACAGUCACACUCCAAACUCCACUAUGGCCAGGACCAAAGAGCUGUCAAAGGACACCAGAAACAAAAUUGUAGACCUGCACCAGGCUGGGAAGACUGAAUCUGCAAUAGGUAAGCAGCUUGGUUUGAAGAAAUCAACUGUGGGAGCAAUUAUUAGGAAAUGGAAGACAUACAAGACCACUGAUAAUCUCCCUCGAUCUGGGGCUCCACGCAAGCUCUCACCCCGUGGGGUCAAAAUGAUCACAAGAACGGUGAGCAAAAAUCCCAGAACCACACAGGGGGACCUAGUGAAUGACCUGCAGAGAGCUGGGACCAAAGUAACAAAGCCUACCAUCAGUAACACACUACGCCGCCAGGGACUCAAAUCCUGCAGUGCCAGACGUGUCCCCCUGCUUAAGCCAGUACAUGUCCAGGCCCGUCUGAAGUUUGCUAGAGUGCAUUUGGAUGAUCCAGAAGAGGAUUGGGAGAAUGUCAUAUGGUCAGAUGAAACCAAAAUAUAACUUUUUGGUAAAAACUCAACUCGUCGUGUUUGGAGGACAAAGAAUGCUGAGUUGCAUCCAAAGAACACCAUACCUACUGUGAAGCAUGGGGGUGGAAACAUCAUGCUUUGGGGCUGUUAUUCUGCAAAGGGACCAGGACGACUGAUCCGUGUAAAGGAAAGAAUGAAUGGGGCCAUGUAUCGUGAGAUUUUGAGUGAAAACCUCCUUCCAUCAGCAAGGGCAUUGAAGAUGAAACGUGGCUGGGUCUUUCAGCAUGACAAUGAUCCCAAACACACCGCCCGGGCAACGAAGGAGUGGCUUCGUAAGAAGCAUUUCAAGGUCCUGGAGUGGCCUAGCCAGUCUCCAGAUCUCAACCCCAUAGAAAAUCUUUGGAGGGAAUUGAAAGUCUGUGUUGCCCAGCGACAGCCCCAAAACAUCACUGCUCUAGAGGAGAUCUGCAUGGAGGAAUGGGCCAAAAUACCAGCAACAGUGUGUGAAAACCUUGUGAAGACUUACAGAAAACGUUUGACCUGUGUCAUUUCCAACAAAGGGUAUAUAACAAAGUAUUGAGAAACUUUUGUUAUUGACCAAAUACUUAUUUUCCACCAUAAUUUGCAAAUAAAUUCAUUAAAAAUCCUACAAUGUGAUUUUCUGGAUUUUUUUUCUCAUUUUGUCUGUCAUAGUUGACGUGCACCUAUGAUGAAAAUUACAGGCCUCUCUCAUCUUUUUAAGUGGGAGAACUUGCACAAUUGGUGGCUGACUAAAUACUUUUUUCCCCCACUGUAUAUACACUGCUCAAAAAAAUAAAGGGAACACUUAAACAACACAAUGUAACUCCAAGUCAAUCACACUUCUGUGAAAUCAAACUGUCCACUUAGGAAUCAACACUGAUUGACAAUACAUUUCACAUGCUGUUGUGCAAAUGGAAUAGACAACAGGUGGAAAUUAUAGGCAAUUAGCAAGACACCCCCAAUAAAGAAGUGGUUCUGCAGGUGGUGACCACAGACCACUUCUCAGUUCCUAUGCUUCCUGGCUGAUGUUUUGGUCACUUUUGAAUGCUGGCGGUGCUUUCACUCUAGUGGUAGCAUGAGACGGAGUCUACAACCCACACAAGUGGCUCAGGUAGUGCAGCUCAUCCAGGAAGGCACAUCAAUGCGAGCUGUGGCAAGAAGGUUUGCUGUGUCUGUCAGCGUAGUGUCCAGAGCAUGGAGGCGCUACCAGGAGACAGGCCAGUACAUCAGGAGACGUGGAGGAGGCCGUAGGAGGGCAACAACCCAGCAGCAGGACCGCUACCUCCGCCUUUGUGCAAGGAGGAGCAGGAGCAGCACUGCCAGAGCCCUGCAAAAUGACCUCCAGCAGGCCACAAAUGUGCAUGUGUCUGCUCAAACGGUCAGAAACAGACUCCAUGAGGGUGGUAUGAGGGCCCGACGUCCACAGGUGGGGGUUGUGCUUACAGCCCAACACCGUGCAGGACGUUUGGCAUUUGCCAGAGAACACCAAGAUUGGCAAAUUCGCCACUGGCGCCCUGUGCUCUUCACAGAUGAAAGCAGGUUCACACUGAGCUCGUGACAGACGUGACAGAGUGUGGAGACGCCAUGGAGAACGUUCUGCUGCCUGCAACAUCCUCCAGCAUGACCGGUUUGGCGGUGGGUCAGUCAUGGUGUGGGGUAUCAUUUCUUUGGGGGGCCGCACAGCCCUCCAUGUGCUCGCCAGAGGUAGCCUGACUGCCAUUAGGUACCGAGAUGAGAUCCUCAGACCCCUUGUGAGACCAUAUGCUGGUGCGGUUGGCCCUGGGUUCCUCCUAAUGCAAGACAAUGCUAGACCUCAUGUGGCUGGAGUGUGUCAGCAGUUCCUGCAAGAGGAAGGCAUUGAUGCUAUGGACUGGCCCGCCCGUUCCCCAGACCUGAAUCCAAUUGAGCACAUCUGGGACAUCAUGUCUAGCUCCAUCCACCAACGCCACGUUGCACCACAGACUGUCCAGGAAUUGCCGGAUGCUUUAGUCCAGGUCUGGGAGGAGAUCCCUCAGGAGACCAUCCGCCACCUCAUCAGGAGCAUGCCCAGGCGUUGUAGGGAGGUCAUACAGGCACGUGGAGGCCACACACACUACUGAGCCUCAUUUUGACUUGUUUUAAGGACAUUACAUCAAAGUUGGAUCAGCCUGUAGUGUGGUUUUCCACUUUAAUUUUGAGGGUGACUCCAAAUCCAGACCUCCAUGGGUUGAUAAAUUUGAUUUCCAUUGAUAAUUUGUGUGUGAUUUUGUUGUCAGCACAUUCAACUAUGUAAAGAAAAAAGUAUUUAAUACGAUUAUUUCAUUCAUUCAGAUUUAGGAUGUGUUGUUUAAGUGUUCCCUUUAUUAUAUAUAUAUAUAUAUACACACACACAAAAAGGAUGUAACCCAAACAAAGAGCGAGGUGUAACCUCUACACAAUACACGGGACGAGACCCGUAAACAUCAAAAGCACUAUACACGGUACUCACGAGACCAACGAAUAUGGGACAAUAAUCGACAAGGACAAUGGGUAACAGAGGGCACAUAUAUACACAUACUAAUCAGGGAGGAAUGGGAACCAGGUGUGCGUAAUGAGACAAGACAGUCCGGGGUUGGUGGUAAUGAUCCAUGUCAGUGACGCCUAGAAAGCCGGUGACACAGACCUCCGGAACUGGUUAACGGAAUGAGCAGCAGUACCGGGGGGAUCCGUGACAGGCGUCUCACUGCGGUGGAGGUCGGCCUGUUCCUUGUGCUGACGCACGGCCCGCUGCAGACGAGUGUGCACAGCGUUCCAGAUCUCCUCAGCGCUCCGAAACCACUCGUCCACCGCAGGAGCCUCAGUCUGGCUCGGAUGCCAAGGUGCCAGGGCCGGCUGAUACCCCAACACACACUGGAAAGGAGUGAGGUUAGUGGAGGAGUGGCAGAGGGAAUUCUGUGCGUACUCAGCCCAAGGUAGAAAAUCCGCCCACUCCCCCGGCCGGCCCUGACAGUAACACCUCAGGAACCUGCCCACUUCCUGAUUGACCCUCUCCACCUGGCCAUUAGCUUGAGGACGGUACCCGGAGGUGAGACUGACCGUGACCCCCAGGCAUUCCAUGAACGCUUUCCAUAUGUGUGAGGUGAACUGAGGGUCAGUGACAAAGUCCAUUGAGAGGUGAGACCAGGGUCAUUGUGGAACCGGCAGGGGAAGGAGCUUUCCAUAAGGGAGGUGUCUGGGUGUCUUAGACUGGGCACAGAUGGAGCAGGAAGAGACGUAAACCCGGACGUCCCUAGCCAAGGUGGACCACCAGUACUUCUCAGUCAGGCAGGCGAUGGUACAGCCUAUCCCAGGAUGACCCGACACAGGCGCCGUGUGCGCUCAGGAAAGGAGGUGGUCCCGCACACGUGGGCACGUAGGCGCGAUUCUCCUGGCACUGUGCAGGUGCGGGUUCCUUUCGCAAGGCCUGCCCUAUGUCGGCGUCCACGUCCCACACCAUUGGCGCGAUGAUACGGAAUGGAGGGAUGAUGGGGAUCUCCUUUUCCUGCCUCUCCUCUGCCUGUGUUGGAGCAGGGGAAUUCCCUGGCUUGUCACCUCCUCGCCAAUUAGUGGAUAGAGGGCAGGUUGGGGAGAAAUGACCCCAUUCUCCACCAUAGGAGCAGAGGGCCAGAUUCCUCCUCCUCCUACGUUCUGCCUCGGGCAAACGUGCAGAGCACACCUCCAUCGGCUCUGGCCACGGAGCAGGUGUAGCCAUGGGCUCCGGAUUCCGCGCAGCUCUUUGUCCGGACUGCAGGAGGUUCUCCAACCGGAUCGCCAUGCUGAUGAGCUGGUCGAGUGACAGGUUGUCAUCACGGCAGGCUAACUCCAUCUGUAUCUCAUCCUGCAGUCCGCUGCGGAACACGGUGACCAGAGCCGACUCGUUCCAUCCAGUGGAGGCCGCGAUGGUCCGGAACUCCAGGGCGAACUCCGAGGCGGUCCUAGAUCCCUGGUGUAGUCGGAGUAGACGCUCACCCCCCUCUCGAACCUCCACAGGAUGAUCAAACACAGAGCGGAAGAGGAGGGUGAAGCGCGGCACCCCAGUCCAGGGCCCGUCCGGUCAGUGCCAAGAUGACUGUGGCAACCCUGUCUUUCCUGGAGACAGCCUCGGCAUAGCGAGCGAGGUACAGGUCGCAUUGCAGAAAUAAUCCCUUGCAUCACGCUGGCACGCCGUCAAAGCACUCCGGGAGGGACAGGGGUAUUCCACGGACCGGCUCAGAUGGAACGGAGGCAGUUAGUGGUGGUGUGGGGGCUGGUGCCGGAACCAGUGCUGGAGACUGGAGGGACUGCACUUUCCCCUCCAACCGCAGGAUGGUUGCCAGCACGCUGUCCAUGGCGCUGCCGAGUCUGGAGAGACAGUCCUCGUGAUGCUGGACUGUCUCUACGAUGGUCGCCAGCUCUGCCUUUUCCGCUGUCUCCAUUUUUAUGGGUUGAUUAUUCUGUCACGUUGUAUAAUGAUUUGAAAACAGGCGCAGGAAAUGCGUAUUAGGGUUUUUAUUUACGCCACCCAACACAAACACGCAUAUAUAUUCAAAAGGGAUGUAACCCAAACAAAGAGCGAGGUGUAACCUCUACACAAUACACGGGACGCGAAACGUAAACAACAAGAGCACUAUACAAGGUACUCACGAGACCAACGGACAUGGGACUAUAAUCGACAAGGACAAUAGGGAACAGAGUGCACAUAUAUACACAUACUAAUCAGGGGGGAAUGGGAACAAGGUGUGCGUAAUGAGACAAGACAGUCCGGAGUUGGUGGUAAUGAUCCAUGUCAGUGACGCCUAGAAAUCCGGUGACGUAGACCUCCGGAACUGGUGAACAGAAUGACCAGCAGUACCGGGGGGGAUCCGUGACACCCGUUCUACUUUGUGACUUGAGACUUGCUUGUUACUGGAAUAAUAGUGACUUGGUCCCACCUCUGCAGGUCCUACAGGCCCUAGUUUUGUCGCACCUGGACUACUGUCCAGUCAUGUUGUCAGGUGCCACAAAGAGGGACUUAGGACAUUUACAAUGGCUCAGAACAGGGCAGCGCGGCUGGCCCUUAAAUGUACACAGAGAGCUAACAGCAUGUCAGUCUCUCAUGGCUCAAAGUAGAGGAGAGAUUGACUUCAUCACUACUUGUUUUUGUAAGAAGUGUUGACAUGCUGAAUGUACCGAGCUGUCUGUUUAAACUACUAGCACACAGCUUGGACACCCAUGCAGACCCCACAAGACAUGCCACCAGAGGUCUCUUCACAAUCCCCAAGUCCAGAGCAGACUAUGGGAGGCGUACAGUAGUACAUAGAGCCAUGGCUACAUGGAACUCAUUUCCACAUCAAGUAACUCAUGCCAGCAGUAGAAUCAGAUUUAAAAAACAGAUAUAAAUGCACCUUAUGGAACAGCGGGGACUGUGAAGAGACAGGCACAGAGACGGGCAUACACAAAUGAUAACAUACGCACUAUGCACACACAUACACAUGGAUUUUGGUUUGUAGAUAUGUGGUAGUAGAGUAGUGGCCUGAGGGCACACACCUAAUGUGUUGUGAAAAGUGUUAUGAAAUGCAAUGUCAUGUAAUAUUUGAAAUUGUAAAUAACUGCCUUAAUGUUGCUGGACCCCAGGAAGAGUAGCUGCUGCCUUGGCAGCAGCUAAUGGGGAUCCUUAAUAAAUACAAAUACACGUAUGACCCGGUCUCUCCUCUCUCCAGGUUGGAACGAGCUGCUGAUUGCCUCCUUCUCUCACCGCUCCAUCAGCGUAAAGGAUGGCAUCCUACUGGCCACCGGCCUGCAUGUGCACAGGAACAGCGCCCACAGUGCCGGCGUGGGAGCCAUCUUCGACAGGUAACAGGCACACACACACACGUGCGAUGAACCUCGGUGAAGCACAUAGAAACAACCUUUUGCAUGUUCAUUUUCAAAGAGAAGGUCAUAAACAACAGGGAGAAAGAUUGGAAAAAAGGGGCCUCUGAAUGAUUAAGCAUUCUGCAUUGGUUUUAAGCUCAGUCUAGUUAAGUAAUGGCAGUUUAUUUUGUUUUAUCAUACAUGUCGUCAUAUACACUUUACCAUACAUGUGUUUGUAGAACAUAAUUUUCAGUCCUAGUCAUCCAUUGAAGCAUUGAAAUGGUGGCCAAUUAUGCCUAUUACAGUUACUAUUCAUGAAAUGGCAAUUUCUCUUUGGAGUCCAGAUGAUUUGUUGAAAUGAGCUGAAUAAUUUUCCUGAUUGAAGGGAGAAUGGAGAACUUUGCACUUUUUUCCCAGGGUUCUGCUGGCUGCGUGUCUGGCUGGCUGAGCCUUUACUGCUUAGUCUGCCUCUAGAAUGACACAGCGUGCCAGGACGCUGGGGACUAAUGCUUCACUAUGAUAACCACUCCUCCCCACCCCAAACACAGCCACACACUCAUCUAUUCCAUUUUACAUUGGCAUAUGUCAGUAUUUUAUUCAGUAGCGUAAAAUAGCUUUUAAUCAAGUGGAAUGGCAUCUGUCUUGAGUAAAAUCCUGCGCUCAUCGCAGCUCUCAAGGAACAGGCGUGCCCACCCCAACUCAAUAGGGUCGCCACAUCACAUUGUGUGAAUUAAUUGUUUAUUACACAGUAAUUACAUUGUUAUGAAUAGUUCAUAAACUCCGAAUUCCCACAGGAAUUUAAGCAUAUCUUGGAUUAACCGGUUGCAGGCUUUUGUUUCAGAUUCAUCUCAAUCUAGACAUCCUUGUGUAAAUGUGGUCCAGUGAAUGUGUUUUUUAUUAUUUUUGUUGACAUUUCUCAAUUCUCAUUUUUUUAUCCUUGCGUCUGUUUUUUGUUUGUUUCAUAAAAUAUUAUUUUCUUUGCAUUCAUUUAUGAUUUAUGCCUAAUCGAUUUGAUUAACAUGAUUAAACUGCCCUGAUCAUAUUACUGCAUUGUUCCAUUUAUUAAUGACUAUUUAUUUCGCUCCUCUAUUUGUUUAUGCUUCUGCUCUACUGUCAUUGGCUCAUGCUAAUACCCAUAAUCCUUUUGUGCUGAUUUGGAUAAACCAGUUACAUUUAGAAUUUUUUAAAUGAUGCAUACUUACCCAGGAAGUUGUAUAUGAUAAUUAUCGCAUGUACAGGGAAUUAUGCCUAAAACACUACAGUAGUCAAGAUAAGCAAAGGCCUUGGGUAAUACUGCAUAUAACUAUUUGCCCUAUUUCAAUCUGACCCAAUAUGAAAGUUUUCUCCUCUAGAUCUUGUCUGUGCUCAUACGUCUCAGAUCUAUUUAUUGCUGUGUUACAUUGUCAUAUCUUUGUAUUUUUGUCAUUCCUCAAGCUUUACUUCCUGUAGUUUUAUUGCUAUCUAAAUCCUUUUAAUCGGGCCAAGUCUCCAUCAACAAGAGCCUGUAGCCUGUUACUCCCAGAAGUGGAACUGGGCACCAAAAUGCACUGCAGAGUCUAACCUACACUACCGGUCAAAAGUUUUAGAACACCUACUCAUUCAAGGGUUUUUCUUUAUUUUUACUAUUUUCUACAUUGUAGAAUAACAGUGAAGACAUCAUAACUAUGAAAUAACACAAAUGGAAUCAUGUAGUAACCAAAUAAGUGUUCCCACAUAUGCUGAGCACUUGUUGGCUGCUUUUCCUUCAAUCUGCGGUCCGACUCAUCCCAAACCAUCUCAAUUUGGUUGAGGUCGGGGGAUUGUGGAGGCCAGGUCAUCUGAUGCAGCACUCCAUCACUCUCCGUCUUGGUAAAAUAGCCCUUACACAGCCUAGAGGUGUGUUGGGUCAUUGUCCUGUUGAAAAACAAAUGAUAGUCUCACUAAGCCCAACCCAGAUGAGAUGGCAUAUCACUGCAGAAUGCUGUGAUAGCCAUGCUGGUUAAGUGUGCCUUGAAUUCUAAAUAAAUCACAGACGGUGUCACCAGCAAAGCACCCCCACACCAUAACACCUCCUCCUCCAUGCUUUACGGUGGGAAAUACACAUGCGGAGAUCAUCCAUUAACCCACACCGCGUCUCACAAAGACACAGCGGUUGGAACCAAAAAUCUCCAAUUUGGACUCCAGACCAACGGACACAUUUCCACUGGUCUAAUGUCCAUUGCUCGUGUUUCUUGGCCCAAGCAAGUCUCUUCUUAUUAUUGGUGUCCUUUAUUAGUGGUUUGUUUGCAGCAAUUCGACCAUGAAGGCCUGAUUCACACAGUCUCCUCUGAACAGUUGAUGUUGAGAUGUGUCUGUUACUUGAACUCUGUGAAGCAUUUAUUUGGGCUGCAAUUUCUGAGGCUGGUAACUCUAAACAACUUAUCCUCUGCAGCAGAGGUAUCUCUGGGUCUUCCAUUCCUGUGGUGGUCCUCAUGAGAGCCAGUUUCAUCAUAGCGCUUGAUGGUUUUUGCGACUGCACUUGAAGAAACUUUCAAAGUUCUUGAAAUUUUCCGUAUUGACUGACCAUGUCUUAAAGUAAUGAUGGACUGUCGUUUCUCUUUGCUUAUUUAAGCUGUUCUUGCCAUAAUAUGGACUUGGUCUUUUACCAAAUAGGGCUAUCUUCUGUAUACCUCCCCUACCUUGUCACAACACAAGUGAUUGGCUCAAACACAUUAAAAAGGAAAGAAAUUCCACAAAUUAACAUUCCAGGUGACUACCUCAUGAAGCUGGUUGAGAGAAUGCCAAGCGUGUGCAAAGCUGUCAUCAAGGCAAAGGGUGGCUAUUUGAAAUAUAUUUUGAUUUGUUUAACACUUUUUUGGUUACUACAUGAUUCCAUAUGUGUUAUGUAAUAGUUUUGAUGUCUUCACUAUUAUUCUACAAUGUGAAAAAUAGUAAAAAUAAAGAAAAACCCUUGAAUGAGUAGGUGUUCUAAAACUUUUGACCGGUGGUGUACCUGUUCCUCUGGGCCCAAACCAACGCAGGGGGACAAUGUAAUAACAAUGCAACUAUGUAAUAACAUUGUAAUAACCCAUUGUAAUUGCAUACACAGGGAGAGUACGCACAAUGCAGAGGUUGGGGCCAUAUUUGACAGGUAAUGACAUCACUACACACCCACCUUACCCCUAUCAACAACAAACACAAACAAAACAAAUAACGCCACCCCAAAAUAAAUAAUCUUCGCCCAGUUGUUGAGAAUGAGCGAAUCUGGCAAAGAAAGUGCUGUAAUUUGCCCAGGUAAAAGAGCGGGUCGUGUGUAUCUUGUCCGCUCGUGUUUCAGUGAGUGUUGUGUUCUGUUUCUCCUCUUUUCUGUCGGAGCGCAGGCUCGACUGGUCGCUGGCGCAGCGUCGACAAAACACAGGCUGCUUACUUUCCUCCCUUUGUGUUCUUUCUGUCCUUACUGAAUUAUUGCAUUACCCAACAUUAUUGCGAUGUGCCGUAGUCUUUAACUAAGAAAAGUGUGGUUUGGGCUAUUGCUUGGAUGGAAUUUCUAUAUUUUAUAGGUUAUGUGUCGAUUAUUUGUGUAAAUACAUUGUGUAAAGAGGAUGUUAGACUUGUAUCCAAGCCCCCUGCCCUUGUGUUAAUUUCUCUAUUUGACUGCUGCAUCGAGUGGAGCUGUGGUGAGCCCUAGAGCAGAUGCUAACCCAUCUCCUCCCGUUCUAUUGUCCCUCUGUCACACCUCCCUCUCCUUGACCCUGGUUGUAGGGUUCUUACUGAGCUGGUCAGUAAGAUGAGAGACAUGCAGAUGGACAAGACCGAGCUGGGCUGCCUCCGAGCCAUCAUCCUCUUCAACCCAGGUAAUGAUUUCAGCUCAAAUAAUGAUUUGAGGCAAGAUAAGCCAUUUCAUCCCAGAUAUAGCAUGAUGUCAGGAAGAAUCGCACGUUAAUGAUUCUCAGUACUAUAAUGCCGGUGUUUGUUCCUGCGUUCAGAUGCCAAGGGCCUGUCCAGUUCCAGUGAAGUGGAAUUGCUGAGGGAGAAGGUGUACGCAUCGCUGGAGUCCUAUUGUAAACAGAGAUACCCCGACCAGCAGGGCAGGUAAAAGAGAAGCACACACAGACAUACUAUAGCACCUAUCCACACACUACUCCCACGUCACCGCCAUGAUUGACCUCAUUCGUUUGCCCCCAUCGCCCCAGGUUCGCUAAGCUCCUCCUCCGGCUGCCAGCGCUGCGCUCCAUUGGCCUGAAGUGCCUGGAGCACCUGUUCUUCUUCAAGCUGAUUGGCGACACCCCUAUCGACACGUUCCUCAUGGAGAUGCUGGAGGCGCCCCACCAGCUGACCUAG